AUGCACACUGGUGAAAAGCCUCAUGUGUGUGAUUUAUGUAACAAGCCAUUCACACAAAAAUGGGAUUUAAUGGCUCACAUAGGUAUUCAUACAGGAGACAGUCCUCAUGUAUGUGAUGUCAGUAACAAGAUAUUCACCCGAAAACAACAUGUAGUUGGGCAUUUGAAUACUCACACAGCAGAGAAAUGUCAUGUAUGUGAUGUGUGUAAUAAACCAUUCACAAGGCAACAUGAUUUACACUGGUGUGCAAAAAUUAAGGACGAAGUCGAAAAAUUCAUCACUGAACGAGAGCAAGCGACAGAAAGCCGUCAGGAGAUUAAUAAGUAUUACGGAGAAUGCGCAUAUGCAGGUAGAAAGUAUGUGUGGAGUGUAUAA